AUGCACAGAGAUGCCCACCUGCUGCCUGGCCUACGCCCCGCUCUGGUCGCCAAGAUGUCCGUCGGCCUCCUCUUCGUGAUAGCCCCCGAGGCAAACGAGAACUCUAUCAAUCGCUGCCUGCUUCACCUGAAGGACUGGGAAUACGGCAGCGGCGACAGAUUCCGUAUAGUCACGUCCAAAUCGACAGACGCCCUCCUGCAAUGUCUCGUCCCGCCGCCCCAUCCGAAACCUGAUGCGAUACCCCAGCUGCCUGAGACGUCAGCACCCGUGCCCCCGAGCCUGGUAGAGGAGAACGAGUGGGCAGGCGCCAGCAUUUCCGACGUUGAGGCGUUCUGCUUGGCGUUGAGCCAGUCCGAGACGCGCUCGCUCAACUACUCGGAGGUUGUCGUCCUGGAUGCUGAAGGGAUCGACAAGCAGACCUGUGUCCUGAUGUCUCGCCCGUACGACAUGGAUUACUUUGAGAAGUGCCGGUUUCCGUGGUACCAAACCUACCUGAUCUGGUGUAAUCUGGAUAUCGCAAAUAUGGAUUGGGAGGACUACGUGGGCGAAGAACCUGCAGAGGGUAUGGAAGAAAGGUGGCGAACUUCUAUUGUGGAGGAUCAAGGGGAGUUCCUUUCUGACGAGAAUAGAAAGCUGCGAGACAAGGCCAUCAGAGAGUUGGAGGACUUGGACAAAGCUUAG